AAAUCGAUUUUCUCAAGUAUCGAUCCGGUCUAACCGACGCAAUCUUUAUCGAUAUGUUGAGCAAAAGUGUGUUCCUUUUGGCGGCAGUUUUAAUCUCUCAGGGAUUCGCCGUGGAAACUUCGUCGGCAGAUGGUGCGAAAGAUGAGGUCAAGAAGCUGUACAACGAACUUCUCGAAUAUAUGGGUACUGCCAUUAGCAACGCGAAUUCCACAUUGAACGAAGCCCUCGACUUGAUCAAACAGGAAGCUACCCAGUUGGAAACGUCAGCCAAGGAAAGUAUCCAGGGCGCGCUGGACAGUUUCCAGAAGGAAAUCGACGAGAUUAACGCCAAAGCCAAAGAAAAAGGCAUCAACUUGGAAAAGUGCGCGAAAUACGAGACGCAAUUCAAGGAACUGCCCGACACGUUGAUGGACGAGCUGCUGCAGUGCGUCAAUUCUCAAAUCUCAACGGCACAGGGCUACAUUACCGACGGCAUGAACAGAGCUCAAGCGAUCCAAACCGAUCUCGCGUCCGUGGGCGACGAAAUAGACAACUGCGGCAGCGGCCUGAAGCAGAUCACUUGCCUGGCCAAGCUCAGCGCUAAGAUCGAGAGCGAUAUCGUCGAAAGUCCGAAGAAAAUCUCGGACGACGUGACCAAAACCAAGGAGCUGAUCCAGAACCUGGGCCCCAACAUCGAAAACUGCGCCACCGGCAGCGUCGAGAAGGUUCCGGGCCAAGCGGGCGACAUAGUGAAGCAGUUCGCGCUAUGCGCGGCUCUUUGAGGCGUGAUCGUGAUUGCUUGUGAUAAUAAUUAAUUUUGUGCCAUGUAUCGAAAUAAAAUAACGCCUGUAAUGUACCUGUAUUAGUUCGGAAUGGUUUACCAAAGCCCACAAAGUGGAUCCCAACGGUGUACAUCCAUUAUUUCAGCACCACCACAUUAGAAUAGAAUCAAUCCCGAAUAAUGCUAUAGUCCGUCUCAAUCUUCAUCGUGUUGGCUUUCGACCGACCAUCCACAAGAAAAUUUUAACGAUGUUAUUAAUUAUUAUUAUUGGGUAAAGCCAUUAACAAAAAGCUAUUCGAACUCUAGUGACAAAUCAGGGGUGGGCCAGGUGUAUUUAUUACAUUCUGAUAUUGUUCGGUGUUAACCAUUUGUGGCACUGUUGAAUAUUAUGCAUUUCGAACAAACAACAACGACAAAAGGCACAGGCACACAUUUGGAGAUUUAAUUACCUUCAAGAAAUUAAAAGAUAUAGAUUACACA